UUGGCACUAGCCGCGCUGCUCUCCGACCCCUCAGAGGGACCCCAGGAGGAGGAGGACGAGGAGGCCUCUUCCUCGCGGGGGAGGAGCCUGGGGCCCGGGCACAUUGGGGCCCCGAAGGUGGCGGUGGGGCCCACAGAUACGAAGUCCUGUUCAAGCAGCAGGUGGGGCCAGAGGACAUGUUCCUGGGCAUGAGCCGAAAGGACCCCUCCACAGCUUGCUGUGAGGACAUGCUGAUUAAGAUCAAGCUGCCAGACACAAAGGCUUCGGACAUCACUCUUGACAUCCAGGAAAAGAUUUUGGAUCUCCGGAGCCCCCAGAAGAAGCUCCUCCUGCACCUGCCUCAUCCCGUGGAUGCCGAGAGUGGGAGGGCCUGCUUCCUCCAUGAAAAAGGGCUGCUGGAAGUCACCUUGAGGAUGAAACGGGAGCUUGAUUUCAUUAACUUUGCCUGAAGAAGAAAGGAACCAAACCCAGCGAUAAUGUGGGGCUCCAUAGGCCAAGGGAGAUCCCCGUUUGGCACUGAGGAGCAGGACUGUUUACAUGUCUUUUCUUCUUACCCCUCCUUCCCUUUGGCUCCUGGAUUGUCUCAGUCUAGACUAGGGGGGCUUGUUCUUCCUCCAACCCACAACUUUGCAUUUCAGAUCUUCCUGGGUAAACCUCCAGCCUCUUGCAACCUUUGCUUAGAUUCAGCUGCUGCUCUUAAAAGGAACAGCAAGGGAGGGGCCCAGGCCAGGCCUGUGUGUGGGG